CAUAAAUGUAAUUGUAUGUAAAGGAAACUGCACUGAAACAUGUAGCCAGCUCGAUGGCACAUCUCACCCUCUCAUGCUCCUCCAUUUCCGCUGCCUUUCUUAGUUCGUCUCCCCCACCUUCUCAUUCCCAUCACAAAAAUUCCAACAAUAAACAUAUAAAUUAAUACAAAACUGCAAAUAAAUCUAAAGUCCAGGCGACUACCUAUCCUUUCUUCUCUCCUCUCUCUCUCUCUCUCUCUCUCUCCACGCCUUCCAAUUGCUCCCAUGCAGGUAUAGCCUUCCAUGUCGUCGUCGUCUCCUUCUUCUUCUUUCUCCCUGCGCGCCGUAGCCUGACCUACCGCAGCAUGGGGCGCCAGCACUCCCACUCCUCCAUCUCACGCUCGGACACCGACCCCAGCCUCGAGCUCGAGUGCCCCUUCGGAAGGAUCGACCCCCUCACGCGGACCGACCUCCGCGAGGCGGUGUACGAGCUCUUCUUCAUGACGUGCCGCUCCUCCCCCGGCUUCGGCGGCAGCCGGGGCUCCCUGAACUACUACCCGUCGUCGCCGGCCAGCACCGGCGCCGGCGGGGAGGGGUCUCCCAAGUGGGGGUCGUCUGGGAUGACGGUGGCCAGGAGCCGCAUCAAGAAGGCGCUGGGGCUGAAUGCGAGGCGGUCGUCGCCGAUGACGACGGGGAUGUCCAGCGGGUCCAACUCGCCCGGAAAGGCGAGGCGGCCGAUGACCUCCGCGGAGAUCAUGCGGCUGCAGAUGCGCGUCACGGAGCAGAGCGAUCGCCGGCUAAGGAAGACCCUCAUGAGGACCCUCGUCGGACAGGUGGGAAGAAAAGCAGAGACGAUCAUCCUUCCAUUGGAGCUCCUUCGCCAGCUAAAGCCCUCUGAAUUCAACGACGCACAAGAAUACCACCAAUGGCAACGGCGGCAGCUCAAGAUCCUCGAAGCAGGCCUUAUCUUAUACCCGUCUGUCCCUGUAGACCGCCACAGCCCCGCAGCCGCCCGUCUGCUAGAGAUCAUCCGAGCGAGCGAGCUGAAGCCCAUCGACACCAGCAAGAACUCGGAAACCAUGCGUAACCUUUGCAACGCCGUCGUCGCCUUGGUUUGGCGGAGCUCCAGUGGCGCCUCCACUGAAGUAUGCCACUGGGCCGACGGCUACCCGCUCAACGUUCAUCUCUACCUCGCUCUCCUGCACUCCAUCUUCGACCUGCGCGAAGACACCGUGGUGUUGGAUGAGGUCGACGAGCUCAUCGAGCUGAUGAAGAAGACAUGGUCCACCUUGGGCAUCAACAAGAUGAUCCACAAUGUCUGCUUCGCGUGGUUGUUCUUCCAACGAUAUCUGGAGACGGGGCAAAUCGAGCCCGACCUGUUGUGCGCCACGCUAGCAACACUGGUCGAGGUCGCCAGCAACGCCAAGAAGGCCGAUCGCGAUGCUAACUACGUUAAUCUCUUGUCCGGCGCACUGACUGUGAUGCAGAGUUGGGCAGAGGCGAAGGUGUUGGACUACCAUGAGUGCUUCGACAAGGAAACCAUCGCAAGCAUGGAGAACAUAGUCUCCUUGGCACUCUCCACGACGAACAUCAUCGGCGAGGAUCCUUUGGACAACGGGGCGAGUCUUGUCGACGAUGACGGUCAGGCGGCGAUAGAUCCAUCCGUCAACCGGGUAGAUUACUACAUAAGGUCGUCGAUGAGGAGUGCAUUCGCCAAGAUACUGGAGAAUGGAGCGUCCCACGGCGAUAGCGUGAUCGUGGGAAUAAACGACGAUCCAAGCAACAUCCUUCUCCAGCUUGCAGAAGAAACAGAGGAAUUGGCGCUGGUCGAGAAGGAUUUGUUUAGCCCUGUCCUGAGGAAAUGGCAUCAGGUUCCGACUGCGGCCGCGGUGGUGACGAUCCACAGCUGCUUCGGGAUCGUUCUGAAGCAGUACUUGUCCAAGGUCACGUGCCUGACCAACGAGCUGGUGCGGGUGCUGCAAUCCGCCGGCAAGUUGGAGAAGCUGCUGGUCCAGAUGGUCGUCGAGGACUCCGCCGACUGCGAAGACGGAGGGAAGGGGGUGGUGAGGGAGAUGGUCCCGUAUGAUGUGGAUUCCAUUGUCGCAGGCCUCCUCAAGACUUGGAUCGACGAAAGGUUGAGGAUCGGAAAGGAAUGCCUAAGCAGAGCAAAAGAAACAGAGAGCUGGAUGCCGAGGUCGAAGAACGAGCCCUACGCUCAGUCUUCCAUGGAUUUGAUGAAGUUGGCCAAGGUGACCGUGGAUGAGUUCUUUGAGAUCCCUGUGGGAGCCAGAGAUGACAUGGUUCAAGACCUCGCCGAUGGCUUGGAAACAAUCUUCCAGGAGUACACUACCUUCGUUGCUGCGUGUGGGAACAAGCAAAGCUACGUGCCCAGCCUCCCGCCACUGACGAGGUGCAACCAGGACUCCAACUUGGUCAGGCUAUGGAAGAGGGCGGCGGUGCGCUGCAGCGUCGGUAUUGGCCGCUCGAACGGGAAGGACGGCAUCACCAACAUGAACCACCCGCGGCCGUCCACCAGCCGGGGCACGCAGCGGCUCUACAUCCGCCUCAACACCCUUCACUACGUCCUCGCCCACCUCCACGCCCUCGACAAGUCGCUCUCCUUCUUCUCCCGCAGCGGGCCGUCCCCCACGGGCCGCCACACCGCUGCCAACCGCCGCCUCGCCCCGUCCCACCACUUCGGUCUCGCCCGCUCCUCGGUGCAAUCCGCCAUCCAGUACGUGUCGGAGGUGGCCGCCUACCGCCUCAUCUUCCUCGACUCGCGCCACUCGUUUUACGACGGUCUCUACGUGGAGAGCGUCACGGACGCGAGGAUCCAACCCGGGCUCCGCAUCCUGAAGCAGAACCUGACACUUCUGGUGUCGAUCCUCACCGACCGGGCGCAGCCGCUGACGGUGAAGGAGGUGAUGAAGGCGUCGUUCGAGGCGUUCCUGAUGGUGCUACUGGCCGGGGGAAGCGAGCGGGCGUUCGCGCGGGCGGACUACGAGUCGGUGGUCGACGAUUUCCGCAGCCUGAAGCGGGUGUUCUGCACCUGCGGGGAAGGGCUGGUGGCGGAGGAGGUGGUGAACCGGGACGCGGAGGUGGUGGAGGGAAUCGUGGCGCUCAUGGCCCUGCCCACGGAGAGGCUGAUCGAGGACUUCAGCAUCGCGGCGUGCGAGGCGAGCGGGCUGGUGGGGUUCGGCUUCUGCAGCGGCGGCAGCACCGACACGGCGGAGGGGCCGAAGGUGCCGAUGCCCCCGACGACGGGGAGGUGGAACCGGGCCGAUCCCAACACGGUGUUGAGGGUGCUGUGCCACCGGGACGACGAGAUGGCCAACGAGUUCCUGAAGCGAACGUUUCAGCUGGCCAAGCGGCGGUGAAAGAACAUCACAGGUGAUGGCCUGCGCAGUUUGUAUCAUACGUUAACAGUGGCUGCUAUGGUUUCUGUGAGCAUGUCUUUUUCCUUUUUCUUCUUUUCUAUGUUUGAAUGAACUAAACAGUACUCAUUUACAAAGUUAAUACUAGAAAUCAAAAGUAUAAAAA